UUCGACAUCGUUCUUGUGGUCUUACUUUCGAGACAGCUCGCAACAUUUUCCGACUUGCUGAUGGUCCAUGUUGCGAAAUCACCUUUUAGUUUUGUGUUUUCUGAACUAAUGGUGUUUGCAGCUUCAGAAAAUAUCGUAAAAAGUUGUGUUGUAGUUUCGGAAUUAAAGUGAAUGCGGCUUUUGUUGGAAUUUUGUGUGAUCUUGCUGAAAAUUUGUGGAUAGCAGUUCGUGCUGAGCUCGGCGUCUUAUUCGUGUUCUUUCUUGGAAAGGGAAUUUUCCUGAUCCAUCCCAAGCGCUGUUAUUUUUAUUAAAAACGACGGUAAUAAUCUGAGUUUGAGAAAGCGUGGUAGUAUAUUCUCUAUCAAAAAAAUGUCGCUUCGCCAGUACCGGAAACCGACGCACAGCGGAAUAAAUGGAGCCAUUCCCUCUAUUUCUACCGAAGGUUCUCCAAAAUUGGAACGAGCUCCAGGCAGAAUGCGAAUCCAAACCCUGGCAGAUAGUGAAAGCGAGGGAGAAACACCUACGGUUAAUGUUUCAGAAGCGCCACCUUUGAUUACUUCUCCCGUUCCCAUUCCAACGGUUGGAGCAGUGACAGCGCCCAGUAGUGCAACAACUUCCCCACAGAAUGGCGUUGAGACAAAAGCGUCCCCUGCCCCUGUGUUGACAGUGAAAGAAAAAGAGCUGUGCCUACAAAGGGUGCGCGCCGAGAGACCAGAUGUGGAUACAAUGACCGUACAAGAUUACCUGGUUCGCAAUAAAUGGAGCGUGGAGCUAUCACUGGAAGAAUUGAAAAGCCUUCCGUCUACAAAGAAACGUAUAUUGGAAACUUCACCCUCUGCUGCUGCAAUGAUACAAAAGGCUGCUCUCUUGAAUAGUGGCGGUCAAAAACCAAAUCCAGCGAAAAAACGUCGCAUACAGCGGGCCAACGCUGGCAGUGAUAGCGAUGAUGAUUCGGAUCGACCUCAGGAGCGUGUUUUCGAUAGUGACGACGACAGCGAAGAUGAUAGCUCUAACUAUACGAUGUCGAAAGACCGCAAAGGUGUUUUUGAGUUCCUGAAUAAAGCGACAGAAAAUGAGCUUUCUACGGUGAAGACGUUAUCCCUCAGAAAGGUUGAGAUGCUCACUGAGAUGCGACCAUUUAGAAGCUGGGAAGAGUUAGUAGAUAAGAUCAAAUCGCACAAAUAUCUUAGGACGGAUAUCAUGAAUCACACUCAGGAAUAUUUGUCACGAAGAAAUAAUCUGGUGACCAUUAUGAACAAGUGUCGAAAAAUGGUCCAAAAGUUGGAGGCAGCUAUUGCCGUGGGUGGGGGACUUGUGGAACAACCGUCAAACAUUCCAGAAGGUUUCAAGCUAGCCGAUUAUCAAAUGGUUGGAUUAAACUGGUUGACAGUGAUGCAUCGUAACGAUAUGAAUGGAAUACUCGCCGACGAAAUGGGUUUGGGAAAGACGAUUCAAGUAAUUGCUUUUUUGGCUUACUUGAAAGAGAACGACUUGAAUGACCACCCGCAGCUGAUAGUCGUUCCCUCGUCCACGUUAGACAACUGGGAUAAUGAGCUGCGCAAAUGGUGUCCGGAGUUGAUCGUCAUGAAAUACUACGGAAAUCAGGAGGAGCGACGAAUGAUUCGGAUUGAUUGGGCCAAAAACGGAAUUUCGGACGUUGAUGUUGUUCUGACCACAUACCAUAUGAUGGGUGCUUCCGGUGAGGAAAAGAAAAUGUGGCGCGUGACACAGUUUCAAUAUGUGAUAUUUGAUGAGGCGCAUAUGCUGAAAAACAUGACCUCCCAAAGAUACGAGAAUCUGCUGCGUAUUCGGGCGGAGCGACGAAUUUUGCUUACCGGUACGCCACUGCAGAACAAUUUGUUGGAACUGAUGUCGCUGCUAUGCUUCGUUAUGCCGAAGCUGUUCGGUGGUAAGCUGGAGGAUAUCAAAACGCUGUUUCAAGGAAAGAUUAAAAGCGGCGAAGAUCAAACAACGUUUGAGAAGAAUCAAAUCGAACGUGCGAAGCAGAUUAUGAAACCGUUCAUUUUGCGACGGCUGAAGAAGGACGUGCUUAACUUCCUACCUCCGAAGACGGAGCACAUUAUCAAAGUUCCCAUGCUGGAUUCUCAGAGAGAAAAGUAUCAUGCGUUGGUUACUGAGUAUCAGAAUGCCACCGGUGUGGUUAAACCCACCACCGAAAUCAGCGGCAUGUCAAUAAUGAUGGAUAUGCGGAAAUUGGCAAAUCAUCCGUUGCUGUUGAGAUACUAUUUUUCCGAUGACGAUGUUCGAGCAAUUGCCCGCAAGCUUGCCGGUGACGCAUACUACAAGGGAAACAACAUCGACGAAGUAUUCCAGGAUAUCGCGUACCUGUCCGAUCUAAAGCUGUAUCAACUUAAGAAAAAAUACACUAGUUUGUACGAUCUUCACAUACCCGACAAGCUCGUGGAAGCUUCGGGUAAAUUCCGUCAGCUGGAUGAGCUUCUGCCGAAACUUAAGAGAGAAGGGCAUCGAGUGCUAAUCUUCAGUCAGUUCGUUAUGAUGCUGGACAUCAUUCAAAUGUACCUGGAUAUCCGAGAACACGGCUACCUACGGCUGGAUGGUCAAACGGCUGUCACCGAACGGCAGGAGAUGAUCGAUCAGUACACCCAAGAUUCGAAUAUUUUUAUUUUCCUUCUUUCCACGCGAGCUGGCGGUUUGGGUAUUAAUUUAACUGCGGCAGAUACUGUUAUCAUCCAUGACAUAGACUUUAAUCCGUACAACGACAAACAAGCAGAGGACAGAAGCCACCGAAUGGGUCAGACGAAACCGGUGACGAUCUACAAGUUGAUCUCGGAUAAAACUAUAGAAGAAGGAAUGCUGAUGAUCGCUCAGGAUAAACUGCAGCUCGAGAAGGAUGUGACGAAUGAAGGCGCCGACAAGAAAGAAGAGCACAAAUGCAUGGUUCGACUACUGACGAUGGCACUCGGUCUAGAUGAAAACAAAGCGGAAACCAUACUAAAGAAUGAUUCGCCCCAAAAACAACGCGAGGAAGAUGAGUUUUAAAUUGUGUUCGUCAAUUAUGUUUGCGGUAGCACGGGAUCGAGAGCUGCUGAUAUAAAGUGAUGUCAUCAACUUUGUCAACUUCUCAUUUGUUUAUAAUUGUAUACCUCUUGCCGAUUCUUUUUGAGCUACUUCCGAAUUGUGGAAACUAAGCAGUUGCCCGGUGACAAACCAACACGGCGAAAUUACUGAAACGAGAAAAUAUGCGCUGUUUUGUUACUAUUAUACUAAACUGUUAGGAUGUAUUUAGUUUUAAACUGCGCUCUUUCUUUCUGUUUUUCUUUUGGAUACCCUUUCAGCAAGAGUGGGACCGUGUAGGAUACAACUCAUGAUUACCGGGGGAAAAUUAUAUAUAGUUCCAGUGAGGCAUACUCUCGUUAGAAUCCAGAUACAAAUAUUUAAAUUUAUUAUAAGAAAAUCCUAUGCAUUAAGAAAGUAAGUGAUAAAUGUAGUUUUAUUACUGUA